AUGACUUCCCUAUCUCGCGGCUCGGAAUCAACGCUCACAGCCAACAUCGAGAAGUUGCCAGCAAAUAUUUGUGCUCCUGUUGCUAAUUCAAGACCCGGUUCACGAAAUUCGCAUAUGUCUAAUAAAAUGAACCAGGAGAACACCAUGAAAAAAUCUGGAGACGAAACAUAUGUACACGUGUUCUUGACUGGGCCCAAGUUAUAUAUGGCGUUGUCGGGGGCUGCUCUAGCCUGUUUCUUGGUGCUGCUUGAUGUUUCUAUUAUCGCUACUGUCAUCCCUCAGAUCACAACAGACUUCCAGUCACUGCCUGAUAUUAGGUGGUAUGGAAGCGCAUAUCAACUUACGAGCUCUGCAUUUCAGCCAUUCAGCGGGCAGAUCUACGCACACUUCAGCACCAAGUGGUCUUUUCUGACGUUCUUCUUCCUUUUCGAGCUCGGUUCCUUACUGUGCGGCGCUGCUCAAGGUUCAGUCAUGCUGAUUGUAGGCAGGGCAGUUGCUGGCAUAGGCUCCUCAGGUCUGAUAAAUGAGGGGUUGACCAUUGUCUCUGCGUGCUUGCCUGUUCAAAAACAGCCUGCUGCGACCGGUAUCCUGAUUUCCUUCUGCCAACUCGGUAUUGCGCUCGGUCCAAUCCUAGGCGGCGCUUUUACAGAACAUGUAUCUUGGCGAUGGUGCUUCUACAUCAAUCUUCCCGUUGGUGCUGUGGUCGGGGGCUUUAUUGGGUUGAUUGGAAUUCCAGAGGCCACUCGAAAGCUUCCUGUCCGCGAAGUUCUUCGCAAUGCCGUGUCAUCUCUGGACCUAAUUGGUCUUGGGAUAUUUGUUCCCGCAGCAGUCAUGUUUUUCCUUGCCCUAUCAUGGGGUGGUAACGACUAUACCUGGAGUAGUGCCAUUAUCAUAGGCUUGUUCUGUGGCUCUUUUGUCGCCAUCAUUAUUUUCCCUAUCUGGGAAUAUCGCAAAGGCGAUGCCGCAAUGGUCCCAUUCUCCAUUCUCCGCAUGCGUAUCAUGUGGUCCUCAUCUGCUACAAUGUUUUUCUUCCAGGGCGUCCUUUUAUGCGGAAAUUUCUACCUUCCGAUUUAUUUCCAGACGGUCAGAGGGAAAAGUCCGAUCACAAGUGGAGUUAAUAUGUUACCUAUUGUCAUGUUCCAGGUCUUCAUGGCUGUAGUGUCUGGAGUUUCGGUACAGAAAUUCGGCUACUACCUGCCCUUCGUCGUUGGCGGCACAUCGAUAACAGCAAACGGUUACGGGCUUUACUCCAUGCUUGAGCCAUCUUCUACAAUGGGGCAGUGGGUCGGAUUCGAGGUCAUUUUCGGAAUAGGAUCUGGCUGUGCAGGCGCAAUGGCCUUCAUCGCCUUACAAAGCGCCAUCCCCGCUGCCCAGAUCUCUGUCGCCAUGGGCACCCUCCUAUUCAUCCAGAAUCUUGGCGGCGCAAUCUGGCUCACGAUCCCACAGAUUAUCUUUUCAUCCUCAUUGCGCUCUACUAUCCCACGUUACGCGCCUGAUGUCGAUGCCCAGACUGUCAUUGCAGCGGGCGCGAAUGCAGUUAGGGCGGUGGUGAAUGCGAAUGAUUUGCCGGGUGUGCUGAAGUCAUAUAAUGUCAGUAUCAAUAGAGUAAUGUAUAUGGGAGCUGGGAUUUCGUCUGCGGCGUUUUUGCGUGGUUGGUGGAUGGGUUGGAGCGAUGUCAGGCCCAAGAAGACGGAAACGGAAGGGGACCAGCGCCACAAAAUCGAAAAGAAUGACGUUGUUCCUGUUUAG